GUCACCCCCUGGGGGGCUUGGGCCAAUGGGUAUCCGAGUUGGGUCUGGGAGGACGGCAGUGACCCGUACUGCCUGUACAGGACGGGAUCGGGAAUAUGGUCCAGGCCUGGGCUGACGCCGCUACUUAGCGAAUGGGAACUGUAAGCAAAAUGUCUUCUCGAUGGAGCUGGGUGAUGAAUGCUGUAUAUAUUUUCGUGAGCAUUUGCUCUCUUGGAGUUUCAGGGGGACUUGUGCAGUCAUGCGGUUACAUCAUCCCAGAGUCUCCACUGUUGACCCUUGGCUCCAAUUUUACAGCACUGUGCAUUCUCAAUGAAAGUUGUCUUGACUUUGGCAAUAUACAUGCCAGUCAGAUUAUUUGGAAAAUCAAAAGUUCUGUAGUGCCUAAAGAACAAUACCGUGUAAUAAACAGAACUGUUUCCAGCGUCACAUUUAGAGACACCUCUACUUUAGCUACUCCUCUGACAUGCAAUGUUUUAGCAGAUGGACAGAUUGAACAGAAUAUCUAUGGAAUUGCAGUUACACUGGGCUUGCCCCCAGAGAAGCCUGAAAAUUUGAGUUGCGUUGUGCGUCAAAUGUCAAAAAAUAAAUUUAUUAUGACUUGUACCUGGAAUCCUGGAAGGGAUACAUUCCUAGCCACUGAUUUCUGUUUAAAAUCUCAAUGGCCACUAGAAACCUUGCCUGACUGCAAACCAAAAGGCGUAAAUAACUCUUGUGAGAUUUCCAAUGUUCAGUUUUUUGUCAACCUGGAGGUCUGGGUGGAAGCUAAGAAUGCCCUUGGGAAGGCUGAAUCUGAGCACAUUAAUUUUGAUCCUGUGGACAUUGUGAAACCUCUACCUCCACGCAUCUUAACAGUCAGUUCGGGAGAACUACCCACUGUCUUGAAACUGUCAUGGGAGAACCAAAUCAUAGUUGUUGAGAUGGAGCUGAAAUUUAAUAUUCGAUACAGGAUCAGUGACAGCACAGACUGGAUGGAGGUUCCUCCUGAAGAUACAGCUUCACACAGAACUUCAUUCACUGUUCAGUCCCUUAAGCCUUAUACAAAGUAUGUGUUUUCACUUCGUUGUAUGAAGAAAGAUGGGUUGGGCUACUGGAGUGACUGGAGUAAAGAAAAGAGUGGGGUCACAUCUGAAGCUAAACCAUCUAAGGGACCACCUCUGUGGAGGAAGAUUGACAUAUCUCACUCUCCAAACUCCUGGACUGUGCAUCUGAUAUGGAAGGAAUUGGAUCGUUCUGAAGCCAAUGGAAUAAUCUUGAGAUAUGAAGUGACUGUCAGAGCAAGACCAUCUCUGUCACGUCCACCUGAAAAAUACAGUGUUAAUAGCACACACCUGACUUUAAAUUUAACAAAUGGAACAUAUGAUGUGACAGUAACUGCUCAUAACAGGAUUGGUGGAUCUCCCCCAUCAGUUUUGCUUAUUCCAGCAAGUAACUCAAAAGCUUCUGUGAAAGAUAUUAAAGCAUAUCCCAAAGAUGGCAAGCUUUGGGUAGAGUGGACGGCUCCUGACAAUAGUGUUGUUAAAUAUGUGAUUGAAUGGUGCAUGGUGUCUGACAGCUCGGACUGCACCACAGAAUGGCAGCAGGAACUUGGUACUUCUCAAAGCACAUUUUUAAAAGGAGAUAUAAAGCCAUUCAAGUGUUAUUUGAUAACUGUUUAUCCAUUGUAUACUAAUGGUCAAGGAAAUGGACAAUCUACAAAGGCAUAUCUUCAGCAAAGCAUGCCUGAAAAAGGACCCACUGUUCAGACAAAAAAAGUAGGAAAAGCUGAAGCCGUUUUAGUAUGGAAACCUCUUGCAGUGGAUGAGCAAAAUGGGUUUAUCAGAUAUUACACUAUAUUAUACAGAACUAUCAGUGGCAAUGAAACAGCUGUGAAUGUGGACCCUUCCAAAACAGAAUAUACCCUCUCCUCCUUAUCCAGUGACACUUUAUACAUGGUGAAGAUGGAGGCACAUACAGACGAAGGAGGCACAAGUGGUCCUGUAUUUACAUUUACUACACAAAAGUUUGGAAAAGGAGAAAUAGAAGCCAUAGUUGUACCUGUGUGUCUGGCAUUCCUGUUGUCCAUCCUUCUGGGAGUAUUGUUCUGCUUUAACAAACGGGACUUAAUUAAAAAGCAUAUCUGGCCUAAUGUUCCUGAUCCUUCCAAAAGUAACAUUGCUCAGUGGUCCCCUCAAACUCCAACUAAGCAUAAUUUUAGUUCCAAAGAUCAGAUGUAUCCAGAAGGCAGCUUUACUGAUGUAAGCGUGGUUGAAAUAGAAGCAGAUGACAAGAAGUCAUUUUCAGAGCAAGAUCUAAAACCCUUCAACUUGCUUAAAAAGGAAAAAAAUACUUCAGAGGGGCAUAGCAGUGGUAUUGGAGGAUCCUCAUGCAUGUCUUCUCCUAGGCAAAGUGUUUCUGACAGUGAUGAGAGUGAAUCUGCUCAAAACACUUCAAGCACUGUACAGUAUUCAACUGUAGUACUCAAUGGCUACAGAGACCAAAUUCCUUCUGUUCAAGUCUUUUCAAGGUCUGAAUCCACCCAGCCGCUGCUAGAUUCAGAAGAGAAGCCAGAAGAUAACCCAGGAGGAGGUGAAAGUGCAACUCCAAGGCAGCAGUAUUUCAAACAAAAUAGUAGUCAGGAUGAAACCAGUACAGAUGGGUCACAUUUUGAAAGAGCAAAGCAAGUUACUCCUCCAAUAAAUGAGGAGGAUCUUGUUGGACUUACACAACUACAGAUAUCGGAUCACAGUUCACAGCCGUGUGGCUCUGGGCAAGAGAAAAAUAAACCUGAAUCUGCUUUGGCAGAUGUAUUAAGCCCAAGUACUGAGGGACAGAUUCUGAGACUGGAAACGAUGGGGAUAAACACAGCAACAGUUGAUGAGAUACCAAAAAGUUACAUGCCACAAACUGUAAGGCAAGGGGGCUAUAUGCCCCAGUGAAAGGAGAGAGACUGGCUCUGUUAGGCCUUCACUAGUGCCUGAUCCAUUUCUUUUUCCCCUGUGUUUCUGAUGAGUUAAGCUAAGUAUUUUUAUCUGAUUUCAGAUAAAAAUAUUCAGAUUCAUUUAGUGAAGAGAAUUUGAUGGAGGGUACAUGAGUACUAUAUUUCAUUGGGAUAUUUCCAGUCCAGAAUUACUGGAGGUCCUCCUAUAAGCACUACAUAGAUUCUCUUAUUUGUCUGAAUAAUUGAACAGGCCUUUGUGCUGCCUUGCAGUUUUGUUUGUCUUUGUAAUGUCACAUUUAAACUCGAUGGAUUGAAAGUAGCAAGUUUUAUUUUGUUACAUAGGCGAAGGGGCAUCUAAGAGAAAAAAUACGAGGAGCCUUCUGGCUGUGCAUGAUAUUAAGAUGCCUACUUUGGAUAAGCUUGAUUUAGACCAGAGUUUGUUCCUCCAAAGGGAAAAAAUGAAAGUACAGUAUUCUAUAUUUUUAAAAAGUUACCCAGUGACCAAACAAUUUCGGCCCACCUUCAUCCCUGACUAACUCUGUUGACUUCAGCGGAGAUACAGAAGGGAUGAUUUGGCCAAUAUUUGUAAUGCAAUAGCAUCAGACUAAUGUCUCAAAGUAUUUUAGGCCUCAUAUAAAGAACUGUAAAACAAAGGACUGAAGUACUUGUCACAAAUUGCAAUCAAAAUGCCAUCACUGUUUAACUCCCUAUGAAUGCUAGUGUAGUCAUCAGUAUUCUGCCCCCCCCCCUCUCUCUAUAUAUAUAUACACACACACACACACACACAUUUAUAUACACUAACCCGUAUAUAGAAACUAGACAUAAAAACUACCGACCUUGUAAUCUGAGCCAAAUGCCUGGCAAUUAAAGUUUCAUAUUUAGCAUUAAAAACUUUGAAGGAAAAUGUAGGUAAGAAAAACUCCCCUGUAGGCGAAUUGAAGUGUUUAUUUAAAAAUGAAUAUCUGUUUAUCUCAAAUCACUGACUAACCAUACCAUAUAUCUUUGUUUUAGAAUUCGCCCAUUUAUCAUACAAGGUUUGGGCAGGGAAAGGCAAGAAGUAAUAAAAUGUAAUAUUCUAAAAUGAAUUAGCAUGUGUAGGUUUAGCUUUUACAAAUGGUUUAGAAAAAAAGUACUACUUCCUUUUUGCUGUGCUGCCAAUACUGGGAUUCUACGCUGUCCUUGCUACAGUGUAAUGAGCUCACUGAAACCAAAAGUGGCAUAAGGAAAACCAUACCUUGCUGUCGCAAGUAAGGCUGAUACUUCGAGAAAAAUCUAGAACCGUGAACUUGGAAGUUAACAGGUAAAAACAUCCUUCCAUUUUUCAUUAUGAGCCUGUAAGCAAAAUAUCUAGAUCCUGCUGCUACAAUUCUUGACACCUACCUCUUUUCUAUUCUUCUCCUUUCCAAUUCUCUCAUCCUAGAGAGGAUACAGUUCCUGAAGACAACAAUCCUUGAUAUCCUUUCUUAUAGAUCUUGUUACUCUGAUAAAGAAUUUUUUUUUAAGUUUUCCCAGGUGCCAUCCGAUCAGCUUUACAACGUUAUCUUCUUGUAACUAUAUCUGAACCUAGUCCAUUUAGUUUUUCAGUCUGGUAUUAAUAAGUCAUGCUCGUCUCUAAAUCUUUGAUUCUCAGGUAAUUCAGAAACACUACAGGCUGUGUUUGGAAAAAUAAAACCUCAUUUCAUAUUUAACAAAAUAAUUAUUUUUUCACAAGAUCUCUGUACAUAAAGAUUCAUCUUCCUGUAGGUCCUCAAAUGCAGUGGUUCCCAACUGUGGCCCGUAUACCACUGGUCUGCGGAGUACUUGCUGGUGGGAUGUGGAGAGCUAUAGUUUUAACUUUGCUCAUCUCCAUCUGCUAACUCACGUUGAAGGGCAAGUUUAAAUUUACCUAACUCUCCAUGUAAGUAGUUGCUAUCAUUGCCACAGAGAAGUUACACAGUAAUGUUAAUGAGAGUGUUGACAUGGUCCCUGAGACUCUCUUUAAGAUGCAUUCCACACUGUGGAAACUUUAAGAACAUCUGUACUAGGAUAUCUGGAAAACCUUUUGUUUUAUUCAUUUAGUGCUGCAAAAUUCCUUAUCCUACUGACAUGUUUCUCUCAGUAAUAAUGUAUCAUAUCUUUGGUACCCAGAAAUGUAAGGGUUGCAGUAUUGGUGUUGCAGCACACUCUGGUUUUGUUUUUCAGAAACUCCUCCAUAGCAUUUCAGUUGGGUGGUCUGCCCAUCUUGAAUUUUUUUUCUGGGGACGAGGACCCAACAGCAUCCAACAAGCCUUUAGAGCUCCCCAGAUGAUGUAAAUCUGCAAUAUGAAUCAUAGUACUCCAAAGGCCAAACUGUACCCCUUUACUAGAAUACAUCUUUGUAGCACAUAAAUGAGAAUUUAGGAACUAAUUUCUUCUUCAUCUGGUAUGUGUAGAAGAAUUGCCCAUUUCAAAGGGUCCUGUGAAGCUUGCAAUUGAAGUUGUAUAUUCUGUUUUGAGGGUUUCCCUAGGUAAAGUACAUGUUGGCCAAAAAGAUGGAUCAGACGAACCCUGAAAGUAUGUGUGUUAAGAGCCUCAGCAUCCACAUUCUCAGCAUCCUUUGUGCUCUUGUCCCAUUAACUUAUACUGAGACUUAACCAAUUAGGUUGCUGGUUUCUGACUUUCAACAAACACUAGUGUUUAGGUUUCAGAGUAGCAGCCGUGUUAGUCUGUGUUCGCAAAAGAAAAGGAGGACUUGUGGCACCUUAGAGACUAACAAGCUUUAAGCUUAUGCUCAAAUAAAUUUGUUAGUCUCUAAGGUGCCACAAGUCCUCCUUUUCUUUUUACUAGCGUUUAGAGACCUGAGUGUCUUCAGAUACAGUUUUAGGAGCUCUUUCCUCAAGCCAGUGAUACAGGCUCUUUAUUUCAUAGCACAUAAAGUAUUUUUGAAGGAUGAGAGUGGAUGACUAUUUACUCUUAACAUUGCAAUCAUGCUCUGAUUUAUGUAAAUGGAAGCCAUUUCAGACUCAUUGUUUUAAAUCCCAGAUCACCUCCUGCCAAAAUUAAAUGUAAUCUCAGAAGAAAAGAGAAUCCCAUUUUUAAGAGGAGCACCCAGCAAUGAUAGUUCUGAACUAGUACUAGUGGUAUCUUAUAUUCAGCAUUACUACAGAUUAAUAGUAGUUGUCUUGCUAUUGUGUGAAAGGCACACACACACCCCGCCUCCAGGAACAAAGCUCUGUGUUUCUCAUUACUAUAUAAAUUUCAGUAUUUAGACUGAUGCAGAAGAUAGAAAUAAAAGGAAAAGGUAGUAAAUCCACAUCUAUGUAGAUGUACUCAUAAAAUUCACAACAGGUAAAAGUAAUGAGCAGUUACAGCCUGUUCAUGACAUUUUUGUCUGUGCCAAAAUUAUACACUGUGCAGUGUUCAGCUUUUGACCUGAAAUAGUUAACUUUAGUUUUGUACUUUUAAGUCUGGAAAAUACCCUUACACUUAAUUUUAUAUUGGACACUGUAUCUUGCAAGCAGUUUUUUAAAUGUGGAUGUGCAUUAACAGUCUACCUAGUCUUCUGACUAUUACUAUACACCACAAAGGCAGACUUUUUUUUUAUUAUGGUGCACUUCAAGAAAAAAUAAAGGCAUUAUUAAAAUAAAACUACACUUAACACUGACAUUGCUGUGUGCCCAUUUUGAUUAAUUGCCUAGACUGGCAUGCCUCAGAUGGGAAAGUAGAAAUCUUGUAAAGUAUGUUAUUUGUUCAACAGCAGGGAACAUGGAGAGUUAAGAAUAAGCAUCUUUUGUGCACCAGCACACUUCGAAUGUCUGCGUGAUGCAAAUUAGCUAGUUGCUUGUCUCUUUAUUCCUACAACUAUAAAUGUUUUUUUAAUACCAUACUUAACCAUGGCUUGGUAAUAUUCUGUCCGGCUGCAGCUGGGAUCUGUUGGAGAUCCUUUAUGUCUAAAUAGUCAGCCCAGACAAAGCCCCAGUCCUUGGCAGUGGCCAAGGAUUGCAAGGCAUAGCCUGGGGGCAGCAGAGCAGAAGUGACUUUAAGCCACCUUUGUGUUCCUCAGAAUUGGGCUGUCUGUGCACCAUGCUAGGUGCCUGGCUUAAGUUACAGCAGCCUGAGGAUCACACUAAGGUUGAUUGUCAGGGGUGGCUGGGGAUUCCUUAUUUUGGCAUUUGGGAGAGGGUUGACACGGGGUGAUUAUAUGAGUUAUUCAGCACCAGGGGACCCCACUGCAGCUUGCAUGGAAGUGAGUCUCCUAUGGCUGGGUUUAGAAUCCUUCUGAGGAUUGAAACCUAAAUCAGCCUUUUAGUGUGUGAAUAUCAUGUGCCUGCUGCUGCAAGCCCUCUUGUUGACUUCAGUAGUAGCUGUCAUGCAGCUCUUUGGGGGUACAGAGCCCUAAUCAUUGUCUGUGUUCUUAUAUCAUUCACAUCAUUGCAGUGCUUGAACCCUGUUGACUCAACCGAAAAUAGUUUCCCAAGCUGUUUAUGGUCCAUGGAGACCUGACUGAACAUGGGAUGCUCUUCCUUGUUUCUAGUUAUUUAAUUGCAUUUAAAAAGGCUAAAGUAAAUUUCCUGAUAUUAUUUUUCCAUAUAAUCAGUUGCUACCAUUGGGACUGUCUGUCAUGUGAACCCCCAUUCCUCCCAAUCUCUUUGCUAAAAUGUGCUCCCUCCUAACGGGCAAACAUUUUGACAGCCUUGUCUUAACCAUUUACGUCUAACUUUACUACUGCACCAAAAGUAAAUUUGACACUAAAAAUGCUGCUAUUUCAGUUUUCUUUGACUGUCACAGGGAUCGGCAGCCUUUGGCCCGCACCCGCGCCACUUCCUGCAGCCCCCAUCGGCCUGGAGCGGCGAACCGCAGACAGUGGGAGCCGUGAUCAGCCGAACCUGCGGGCGCUGCAGGUAAACAAACCGUCCCAGCCAGCCAGCAGAUUUCCCUGACGGGCUGCGUACCAAAGGUUGCCGAUCCCUGGGCUAUAAUAGGCUUGCAAUUCAUUUUAAAUAUAACAAAAUGCAUUGCUGAAGUCUCUAUUUUAGGCAUCAUCCCAUUUCAAUUAAGGGCCAAGCAGAAACUUAACAUUUUCUCAUAAACUUGGUUCAUGAAACAGAAAACUGCACUUUGUGGAGUGUGGGGGAGGGGUGAGAAGAGUUUUUGAAGCCAGGGACUCAUGAGACUCUUGAUUCAUAAAUCUUGGUUAUGCACUCAAAAAAAUAAAGUAAGGGAAAAGGUGAAGCUAUUGUUCUACCAGUCUAUUCUCAAUAUUUGCUUCCUCAUUUAUCAUUGAUUUUGCACACUAAACCAUUCUUUAAGGGAAAGCAAGGAGUCUCCAUUUUCAUUGUAUUGAAUCUAAUCUAAAAGUAAUUUCAACAUGUCUGUUCUUGAGAAGCUGAUACUUUGUGAGGGCCCAAUCCGAAUGGGUGCUGAGCCUCAACUCCUGUUGACUUUAGCGUCCGCAGUUGCCAGCACAGCAGAGAGCUCCUCAGCAUGGAGCCCUUAGCAAUUUCACAUUUGCUUUAAAGAGAUCUUUGCAAGUAAGGAAUGCAAUAAAAGCGUCAAUACUUUAGAAACACAUUUCUUCUGCAAUGGAUUUAAUAUAAGUAGAUAACACUAGAGCUGUGAUAACGAUAAUGAGUAGAACAGUUUGACUUCCAUCUUGUUUUAUGGACUUAGAUGUCUUCCAGGCAGUGCAUUACCUGUAAUGGUUACAUUUCUUUGUUGACAAUUACAAACUUACUGGCUUUUAAAGCAGUAAAUGAGCAGCCUCUGCUAUUUUGUUUCAGAUCACACCUCUUUUUUGUCUUUUCCGUGUCAAAACUUAUUCCUUAAGGGGACACUAUCAAAGUGCAAGUUAGUGGGGGGGGGUUUCUUUUUUGUUUUAAGUUAAGUAGUAACACGUGCUACACCUACCCCUUAAAACUUUGCAGUCACAUUUUCCUAAUUAUAAAAUAUUUUCCUGAAUGUGUGAAAAAAUGCAAUAAAAGGGGAAACUGUGAACCUGAGGAUGCAAAGUAUUUUUUUUUCCCACUCUAGUGCUCUUCAUUGUUCCAAAUCAAACGAUUUUUUAAAGGUUAUUCCUUUUAGCAUGUUGUCUGCCCUCUGACAGGUAGAUAGGAAGGGAGUGCAUUUCAAAUCUAGGUGUGAAAGCACACGCACAAUACUUGUGCUUCUCUAUACUCAGUGCAGUAAAAAUGUAGCCUAAAAUAUUGAUAUGGCAAUGAGUUACUAAGUAACAAACUGGCUGUAAUAUUUUCUUAUUGGGUUCCAGAGGCAAGACUACUAAAUAUUAAAUACUGGUGGGUGAUUAUAUAGGCAUCUAGACAACCUCAGGCAUAGGCCACAGAUGCUUUCUUGUUAAUGAAAAUGUCCAACACAAUUUCAAGACCUCUGUAACAUUUGACAGUGAAUGUAAAUACCAAAUGGAGUUUAAUACUGUUUAUAUAUUCAGAGUAAUUAUGGCUUGCAAAACUAAUAUUGAUUUUGUAUGCCAGCUCUCAAUAAUUCAUUUAACCAGAAUUUAAACUCAUAAGUGCUGCUUAAGCCUCCUCUGUAUAGCAACAUGCUGAAAUCACAUUCCAGUAUUAAUCCCUUUGCAAGCUACUGCAUGUUUAUUGUUAUGUAAGUGUUGUGAAUUGUGCUGUCAACAAUUUUUAUUGUAACUUUGAAUGUCUGUCUCCUCUUUAUUGUAUUGUACCUUAACGUUGCUUUUCUAUAACUAUAUUUUAUAAAGUAAAAAAAAAAUCCCAAACCU